AUGUCUGAUUUGAAAGUUGCUCUUAUCACCGGCGGAACAAGUGGCAUCGGCCUCGCCGUCGCCGAAGAACUCAGCGAAACAGGAAACUGGCAAAUCAACAUCAUCGGCAGUAACCAAGAACGAGGCGAGAAAGCAGCAGCAGCACUCUCCAACACCACCUUCUAUCAAGCCGACGUACGUAACUACCAACGAUUAGCCACUGUGUUUGAUCAGGUCUUCUGUGGAUCUCGUCGACUGGAUUUUGUCUUUGCAAACGCGGGAGCAGCUGAAUACAAAGACUUCUUCCCUCCUACUUCCGAAACUGCGAUCCCACCUGAACCUGAGCUUGAUAUUGUUGAUAUCAAUUUCAAGGGUGUUCUGUAUACUAGCUACCUGGCAGUUCAUUAUUUCCGUCAAUCCCCGGACCAGACCAAGGGAGAGCGGAAUUUGAUUCUUACGUCCAGUAUUGGGGGACUUUAUCCUUGUAUGCUGACGCCGGUUUAUUCGGCUACCAAGCAUGCACUGACCGGAUUCACUCGCUCCAUAGGAGCAAGAUUUUGGCUCGAGGGCGUCCGGGUUAAUGCUUUAUGUCCUGGAGUGGUGGAAACGCCCCUCCUGACGGACAGCGGAAAUUUUCCGGAUAUCUUCCCGAGAGAGGUGUUUAUACCUGUCAGUUAUGUCUCCGGCAUUAUCACAAAAAUGAUCUCGGGGGAAGACAUGGUGGACGGAAAGGGUAUGGAGGUGUCUGGUGAUGAGCUGUACGCGCGGGCUAUUCACGUCUCAGUGAAUAACUUUUUGUUUAUUGAGAAGCCAGAGUUCCAUGAUGAAGCGUCAGAGAAGACCUGGGGUGCUAUGAUGGGCGAGCCUCUCAACCUCUGA